AUGAAAUGCCUCCUAUUUUCAUGCAACAGUAACUAUUACUAUGAUGACAUUUCGAAUUCACUUCCAUCUGAGGAUGAGGAAUUCGAAGAAAUAAUCAAUAAAACAAGCAGACAAAAAGAUUUACAUUACAAGUUAGAGAAAACCAUCAACAAAAUAAUAUAUGAUGCGAAAAAAACAUGUGCUGUCAAUUCUGAUUUUGAACAAGUAGAGAAAAUUCCAAACCAACAAUGUGAAUACAUCUAUUCAGAUGAUUCUUUAGAUGACAUAGAUAUAAUUUUAAAAAAAAACAAAACUAAAAAUAUGUUUCUCAAGUCAAAGGAAAAGGACAAUCAAGGUGAUAUAUUACUACUACCUUCUCAAAAUGUAAAACAGAGAAUUUAUUCAUUAGGUGAAGAUAACCAAGACACAAAAAAUAUAAGAUCCAUAAAUAGCAUAAAAAAUAACAAUCAACAAAUAGACCUUCAAAAUGAUGAAAUCAUUGAAAAUUUCAAACAUGUGCUAUGCAAUGGUUUAAAUCAAUAUAUUCAAGAAAUGCUCGAAAAAAUAAAAAAAAACACGACAAUGCAAAUGACAAUUGAAUCGACCGAACUUGUAGAUAUGAAUAACUCGUGCUACAAAACUUCUGAAAAAAAAAGUGACAUUUUAGACGAUGUGAUUUCCAAUUGGUGUGAUAUACCCUAUGAACACAUUACUACCGACACAAAUGAUGAAAACAUCAACUACCUUAAAGGGAAAGAAUUAUUAAAAGAUGCAUCCUGCAAAUUUGAAAACCAAAUAAAUGAAAACACAAGUGGGAAAAAUAUAUACCACGUUAAAUCACUAAUUGAUGCUAACGCACAAAGGGACGAUACAAGGUCGAGAAACACUAAUCCUGAAACGUUCAUUGAAAAUGUUAAGCAAAAUAAGGAGUUUACAAAAAAAAUGUACAAACAUAAAAGGAAUAAUUUAAGCAAGCGUAAAUAUAAACAUAAUACUUAUUCUGCAAAAAGGAAAAAAUGGACAAAAGAAAAUCCACGCACCUUAUCUGAAAAGAAAAAAGUUCAUUGGAGCGAUACUCUAGAAACAUGUGAAAAGCGAAGCAAUGUCCCAAGGAAAUACAUACUCAAUUAUUUAAAUAAAUCAUCAGUAGGAGUUAGCAAUAUCUCUGCAAAAUAUACAGGGUUGAAAGGUCAGCAAAGAUAUAAUGAAUCAGAAAUUAGCUAUAUAACAGAUUCAAGUGAAGAUUUUACCUUUAAACAUUUUCAGAAAAAUGAGAAUAAUGACAUUUUAAAUAAGUUUGAUUUUUAG